CAGGCAGAGGCUGGCUACUGCAUCUGCCACACUCACUACAGGACCUGGAAUUAAGAGGAGGACUCUCAACACAUAAAAUGGCAGAAGAUAAGGUCACCGGGACCUUGGUUUUUGCUGUCUUCACUGCCGUGCUGGCUUCCUUCCAGUUUGGAUACGACAUUGGUGUGAUCAACGCACCUCAACAGGUAAUAUUAACCCAUUAUAGACAUGUUUUGGGUAUUCCACUGGACGACCGAAAAGCUGUCAACAACGAUGCUAUCCAUAGUACAAAGGAAAUGCCCACAGUUCCACAUCGAGAGAGCCCAACACCCAUCUCUUGGCCUGAGGAAGAAACUAUGGCAUCUGCUAGCCUCAUCACCUUGUUCUGGUCCCUGUCUGUGUCCAGCUUUGCAGUUGGUGGAAUGAUUGCUUCAUUUUUUGGUGGGUUGCUUGGGGACCGGCUUGGAAGAAUCAAAGCCUUGUUGGUAUCAAACAUUCUCUCAUUAGCUGGAGCUCUCUUGAUGGGGUUUUCGAAACUGGGACCAUCUCACAUUCUUAUAAUUGCAGGAAGAGGCAUAUCAGGACUCUACUGUGGGCUAAUCUCGGGCUUGGUUCCAAUGUACGUUGGUGAAGUUGCUCCAACUACGCUCCGGGGUGCCAUGGGUACUCUUCAUCAGCUGGCCAUUGUCAUGGGCAUUCUUAUUAGUCAGAUUGCUGGCCUUGACUUUCUCCUGGGCAAUCAUGAGCUGUGGCACAUCCUACUUGGUCUAACUGCUGUGCCAGCCGUUCUCCAGUCUCUGCUGCUCUUCUUCUGUCCAGAAAGCCCCAGAUACCUUUACAUCAGGUUGGAUGAGGAAGCCAAAGCAAAGAUAAGCUUGAAAAGACUCAGAGGGAGUGAUGAUGUCACCAAAGACAUCAUUGAGAUGAGAAAAGAAAAGGAAGAAGCAUCAAGUGAAAAGAAAGUCUCCAUAAUUCAGCUCUUCACCAGUUCCAGCUACCGGCAGCCCAUUCUGGUGGCACUGAUGCUGCACAUGGUUCAGCAGUUUUCUGGGAUCAAUGCGAUCUUUUACUAUUCAACCAGCAUUUUUCAGAUGGCUGGAAUCAGCCAACCUGUUUAUGCAACCAUUGGAGUUGGUGCUGUCAACACAGUUUUCACUGCUGUCUCUGUAUUCCUUGUGGAGAAGGCAGGGCGACGCUCUCUGUUUCUCAUCGGAAUGAGUGGGAUGUUUUUUUGUGCCAUCUUCAUGUCGGUGGGACUUGUGCUGCUGAAUAAACUGGCUUGGAUGAGUUAUGUGAGCAUGUCAGCCAUCUUCCUUUUUGUCAGUUUCUUUGAAAUUGGGCCAGGUCCCAUCCCCUGGUUCAUGGUGGCUGAGUUUUUCAGUCAAGGACCACGUCCUGCUGCUUUGGCAAUAGCUGCGUUCACCAACUGGACCUGCAAUUUCAUUAUAGCUAUGUGUUUCCAGUACAUUGCGGACUUCUGUGGACCUUAUGUGUUUUUCCUCUUUGCUGGAGUGGUCCUGGCCUUUACUCUGUUCACAUUUUUCAAAGUCCCAGAAACCAAAGGAAAGUCCUUUGAGGAGAUUGCAGCAGAAUUCCGAAAGAAGAGUGGUUCAACCCAAGCGCCAAAAGCUGCUGUAGAAAUGGAAUUCCUUGGAGCAACAGAGACUGUGUAAAGAUAACCUACUUUUUGGCAUGAACAGAAACAGGAACGAAGCAGUGUUUUUUAAAUGACAAUUUUUUGAGAAUGUUUGAGAACUUUAUAUUACAUCUUGAAGUACUCUUUUAUUUUUUUAAAGAGAUUUUAUAAGCUCUGAUCAGAAAUGUCAUCAAAUAUUACAAACAAAAUAUUUUUUUAACUUAGAGAAUCUAUUUUGGAUGGUAAGAUUCAGUAAUUGCGUAAACCCAGAAGUCUAGCUCAUUUUGUUACACGACAUGGCAAGUACAGUGUAAAGUUCUUAACCCUGUCCUUUAUAACAAAGGUCUCCUGAAAUUGAAGCAGUUUCAUUGCAUUAUGUUAUUGCUUCAUUAAGCACAAAACUAGAAACCUGAAGACACAACCAAUAUUUGCAUAUUUAAAUAUGAGUAAGUUGGAAUUUUCUUACCCAUUGACCUCAUACUAAAGGAGAUAUGACUAGUGGCAGUAAGGUCCAUGUUAAAAUUGGUAACUUUUUAUUUCUCCCCCUCAGCAUUUUUCUUGUGCAUUAGAAUUUGUAUUAUGCUUAUAAUUUUAUUUUUUCAUGGGGAAUGGUUUAU